AUGGCUUCUAGAAGUGCGAUGAUGGACGACGGGUAUCCUUCCAGUUCGGCAACCCCAGCAGCAUUCGACAGCCAACACGAAUGGGAAGAACACCGUCGCGCAACCAUUGAAGAUGACCGGGACGAGUUGGAUCUUUUGGGCGAUGAUGAUGACCACAACAACAAUCAUGACAACGACAACGACAUGAUCCUCGAUGAGGACCCUCUGCGAGAUGACCUAAACCAGCCCAUGUCGUUCAAGCGCAGACAAAAAAAGCAAUCCGUCUUCUCACAGCCAUCGCGGCUCUUCUCAGCUUUCACUGGUGGACAAUCUCCUCGGAACUCUCACGAUGUACCUGGCCGACCAUCACCUACGUCAAACACCCGCUUGGAUGGCACUCAGUCUGGGCCAAAAGAUGGCGGACCCAUGGAUUGGUAUGUCGAAGGCCCGGGGAGGAGAGUUGGCUACGAGGACUUGACCGCCAUCGACUGGAUCUUCGAGUACACCAAGGAACGCUCAAGACUGCGAAUGCUAUCUUCCGGCUCCAACAGUCUCGUGGGCUGGAUCCGCCUGCUCCUCGACAACAGCCAGGUCUGGAUUGUUCUGCUGUUAACUGGUCUGGCUGCCGGUCUGUUGGCUGCCGCCAUCGAUGUAGCCACCGAUUGGCUGGCGGAUCUCAAGUUCGGAUUCUGCUCAACUGUGGACGGCGGAGCCUUUCACCUGAGCAAGAGCUCAUGUUGCUUGGGUUAUGAGGACCAUGCCCAAUGCCAGGGCUGGUAUCCCUGGGCCAAGGCUUUUGGUAUCAAUUCAGGAGGUGGCAAGUGGUUCCUUGAGUACUUCUUUUACGUAUUCCUGGCAUUAUCCUUUGCCGUUUCUGCUGCCAUCUUGGUCAAGGAAUAUGCCAUCUAUGCUAAACAUAGUGGUAUCCCCGAAAUCAAGACUGUCCUAGGAGGCUUCGUCAUCCGCAGGUUUCUAGGAAUCCAGACCUUGGUGACAAAGUCGCUAGGUCUUGUGCUUGCUGUUGCGUCCGGCAUGUGGUUGGGCAAAGAAGGUCCCUUGGUUCAUGUCGCCUGCUGUUGCGCAAACGUCUUCAUCAAGCUCUUUCCAAGUAUCAAUAAUAAUGAAGCACGCAAGAGGGAGAUUUUGUCCGCAGCGGCUGCCGCCGGAAUAUCCGUUGCCUUUGGCUCCCCCAUCGGCGGCGUGCUCUUCAGUCUUGAACAGCUUUCCUACUAUUUCCCCGACAAAACCAUGUGGCAGAGCUUCGUGUGUGCCAUGACGGCUGCCGUUACUCUCCAGGCCCUCGACCCCUUCAGAUCCGGCAAGCUGGUGCUUUACCAAGUCAAGUACUCGUCCGGCUGGCACGGCUUUGAACUUGUCCCUUUUGUCCUUCUCGGCAUCCUAGGUGGCGUCUACGGCGGUCUCUUUAUCAAAGCCAACAUGCGCGUCGCCGAAUGGAAGAAAUCCACUAGGUGGCUUCCCGGUCCCGUCACCCAAGUCGCCAUCGUCGCGGGCUUAACCGCCCUCAUCAACUACCCCAACCACUACAUGCGCGCCCAAACCUCCGAGCUAGUCUCCAACCUCUUCACCGAGUGCGCCAAGAUCGUCGAUGACCAAUUCGGUCUCUGCAAGACAGGCGCCGCCUCCUUCGGCACCAUCACCCUACUCAUUUUCGCCGCCGUCCUCGGCUUCUUCUUCGCCGCCGUGACCUUCGGCCUACAAAUCCCCGCCGGCAUCAUCCUCCCUUCCAUGGCCAUCGGCGCCCUGACCGGCCGUGCCUUGGGAAUCCUCAUGGAACUCUUCCAGCGCGCCGCCCCGAACUUUCCGCUUUUCCUACACCAAUGCGAGCCCGACGUCCCCUGCAUUACCCCUGGCACCUACGCCAUCAUCGGCGCCGCCGCCUUUCUCACGGGCGUAACCCGUAUGACCGUCUCCAUAGUCGUCAUCACCUUUGAGCUCACCGGCGCUUUGACUUAUGUUUUACCCAUCAUGAUCUCCGUCAUGAUCGCCAAAUGGGUCGGCGACGCCUUUUCUCGCAGAGGCAUCUACGAGUCCUGGAUCCACUUCAACUCGUACCCCUACCUGGACCCCAACAACUCGGGCGAAGACUUGAGCCCGCUGAUCCCCGACGUGCCGGCUAGUCAAAUCAUGACCCGCUUGGACUCGGACCUCAUCGUCCUCACUGCCACGGGGCACACGAUCGCUUCACUACAGAAAAUCCUCGAAACCACACCUUACCGCGGGUACCCCGUCAUCUCCAACCCGCGCGACGCGGUGCUCUUGGGGUACAUCUCCCGCGCCGAAUUAUCCUACGUUCUCUAUUCUCCCGGCGGAAGAGCCUCGAACCUACCGCCUGAAACGGAGUGCUUCUUCAGUCAUCAGCCGCUUGCGGACCCGUUGGCUACUCUUGACCUAAGACCGUGGAUGGACCAGACGCCCCUGACCCUUCCCGGUAGGAGCCCGUUGCAUCUAGCCGUGAGUUAUUUCCAGAAGUUGGGGGUGCGGUAUGUGCUUUUCGCGGAGAGGGGAGUGUUGCAGGGAUUAUUGACGAGGAAGGACGUAUGGCACGUGAUGAAUGGGGCGGAGGAGCGGGUGAGGGAUGCUGUGGGAGCAGGGGGUGCGGGGGGUAUUGGUAGUGGGAGAAUGGGGAGUGGGCUGGGGAGGGAGGAGGGGAGGGGAGAGAGUGCUGGGUUGUUGGGUGUUGAGAGGAGGGAUUACUUUCAGGGGCAGGGCGGGACGAGGGAAGGGAGGAGUGGGAGUUUUGCGGGGAGUAGUCAGGGGAGUAUAUUGUAGGUUAGGAUGUUGUUUGCUUGCAGAUGAUGAUACCGAGCGGUUGGGGUGCUUAUAAUAGCAGUUGUAGCUUAUCAUGUCUCUUCAGCAUCCGUCGAUGUACAUGAAUGUUGGAGCCGGCUGGUAGUAGCAUCAUCUAGCGUACCUCACUUGAUGACCUGGGUAUAAAAUUAACCGCUUGGCUGGGUACCGCAACCGUCAACUGCCAAACCACGAAAACCCAGCACCAAACAUAU